CCUGCUCUCCCUCCCCGGGGCCGCAGGAGAAACAGUGCCCUCUCCCUUCUUGACCCCUGGCCCUUCCCCACCGCCUCCGGUCUCGCCGCCGUUGCUUCUGGCGCCGCCGCUCCCGUAGGAGCUCCGUCCACGGUGAUGGGGUCUCGGGCCUCCACGUUACUGCGGGACGAGGAGCUCGAGGAGAUCAAGAAGGAGACCGGCUUUUCCCACAGUCAGAUCACACGCCUGUACAGCCGCUUCACCAGCCUGGACAAAGGGGAGAACGGGACUCUCAGCCGGGAAGAUUUUCAGAGGAUUCCAGAACUUGCCAUCAACCCACUGGGGGACCGGAUUAUCAAUGCCUUCUUCUCAGAGGGGGAGGACCAGGUAAACUUCCGAGGAUUCAUGAGAACUUUGGCUCAUUUCCGACCCAUUGAGGAUAACGAAAAGAGCAAAGAUGUGAAUGGACCUGAGCCACUCAACAGCCGGAGCAACAAACUGCACUUUGCUUUUAGACUAUAUGAUCUGGAUAAAGAUGACAAGAUCUCCCGUGAUGAGCUGUUACAGGUACUGCGGAUGAUGGUCGGAGUGAAUAUCUCAGAUGAGCAGCUGGGCAGCAUUGCAGACAGGACCAUCCAGGAGGCUGAUCAAGAUGGGGAUAGUGCCAUAUCUUUCACAGAGUUUGUUAAGGUUUUGGAGAAGGUGGAUGUAGAACAGAAAAUGAGCAUCCGAUUUCUUCACUAAAGGACAGAGACCAAAUUAUUCUUGCUUUCUCAUAUUUAAGAACUGGAACUUCCUGCUGUCCUCCAGCCCCACCCCCAGCCUGUCAUCCCCUCCCAGAAUAUUGCUGCUCUUGCAUGACAACCUGAAGUCUCUCCUGUUCACACAAACUUGCCUUUUGUGUAUAAACAGGGCGUUACAGAAUGGUACCCUCUGUUUAUUUCUGUUCAGUAUCCACCCAUCAGGUCUCUAUUUGUAAGUACCAUUUUCCCCUGUUUUGCUGCUGAGUGCCAUGCAUCCAUCUUGUCUGAGGAAAUGAGACAGGGACUCAUGUCAAGAACCGGCCAGCAAAGCUUGAACUGGAUGGGGACCAUGUCCUUGCUGCCUUCCCUUCAUCAAGCCUCCAUCAUAUUCCUGUGUCUUCCUACCUUGCUAUCACUCGACCUUCUGUGCAUUCAGUCUUUCAGCCUCCCUCCUUUCAUUGAGAUUCCCUGCAUUCUGCUUGACUCCAGGCUCUGCUGUCGAGCCUGUUUCUGAUGUGGCAGGAUGGCAGGUGGCUGCUGGCUUACAUCUGCCGUCUCCUGAUUGUGUCUCUGGGACAUUGCUACCCAGGAGCUUUUCAGCAGCCAGGGGUACUCUUGGAAGCAUGCGACUCUCUUCUUCCCCUGUUUUGCUCUGUCAUCACAGGGGUUAUGAGCAGAGUUGUUCUUGAAAGGUGGUCAUGGAAGGCUUGUAGAGCCAUGUCUCCUAGGUGACUUCCCCAGGUCUCUCUACCUCUGACUUUUUAUUUUCAGCAUAUGUAUUUGGCUUCUCUGAGUACAUUGUUGACAUUCAGAAAACAGUCUUAUGCCUGCCAUUUUGCUUCUCUCUGGGACGCUGUCACCCCCAAGUGUCUGUCCUAACAAUGUGGUAGGGGCUCGGCCUGUUGAGAGCUGUCCACAUUUGCUCUGCAGAUGCCUCAGUGUUUGUACACUGGAAGAUUCUUCACAUUUCCAAACAGAAAGACUAGUGCUAUGGAAGUGCCUGACUUAUCUCAGUCCUGAAGAAUUAGAUUGUCCUCAGUGUCUUAAAGUUUUGCACAAAAUUCUGAAUGAAUUGUAUACUUGGCAAAUUUUAAUGCUGGCAGGUGUCUAGUCAGUUUACAAUCCUGGUCCAGGCAUGGAGUGUGUUGUCUCAUGAGCUUCCUAGUCACAGGCCCUUCGUAGCUCCUUGUAUACACCACACAGAUCCUUUAGAAGCAUGGAGCCUGGCAGUGGUGGCACCAGCUGAGGUGACAUUAUAGGUCUUUGAGUGACCCAGUUCAACUUCUCUGACAGUGUCAGCUUGGCUUACACUUCACUAAAUCGGGCUGCUUCUGUUCUACGUCCCUGUGAAUCUGCUCUGUUGUUGGCUUGCUUGCUUGCUUUGUUGCUUUGGAAGGCUACCCAAGAUAUGUAAGCAAUUCCUUAGGAAAGAAAUUGCUAUUAAAUCCCAACCAGAAACACUGCAUAAAGGAUGGGUAAAGAUGAGGAACAGGGGACUGGCCAGGAUGGAUGGCUGGAGUCUACAUGAAUUGGGGAAUUUUCUCUGAAAUAUCUGUCAGACUUUGUGAUCAAAUGAUGUACUAUAAGAAUUGUAUAAAAGGGAAGAUUGUCUGAUACUGAUCUGUUUGAGAAGUACUUCAGUGGCUUCUUGAUUUUCAUAUUUAAUGUUUCUAAAAUUAUACCCCCCUUGGCUGUAUAGCAAACUGUUUUAAUCCACAGUUGUGCCUUAUUGUCCCAUUAAAAUUGUAUUCCUCAAUCCAUCAAUAAAUUAAUUGAACAGAAGAA